AUGGUGGUUUCGCGAAGAACAGAGAGGGCGAAGAAGAAGGUCGAGAUUAGAGGAGACAGUCACGAAGAGGAGACACAGGUUUGGAAUAAUGGAGGUAGAAUGGGUUUUGGUGUGUCACGGGAUGGUGACGUUAACGGUGGUCGUCUCCUUCCUCUGUGGCCAAUGGCCUAUCUUCAAAGGCACACCUAUUCAAUGGAUUCACUACUAACUCACUUUUGGCGCUUACGAUUACUUCCUGUACUCAUUCCCCUCGCAAUUAAUCUCUCUGUGCGGGUUGUUGGGUUUGUGUUUGGUUCAAAGGGUACUGGCAUGAUUCUAUUGGUUGAGUAUUUCUGCUGUCAACGCCCUAACCCUUUACUCCAAAUCAUAUAUCUUUCGAUUAUUGGAUCAACAUACUAUCUAACUGUGAAAUCUUCCUUUACGUAUAUACCUGGAUACUAUGUUAGCGAACUUCACAAGUAUACGAGCUUUGCGGCUGUUAUGAUUGGAAUCCUGCUUUUCCUAUUGACAAGCUUUUGUGAUCCAGGGACUGUGAACGCUAAGAAUGUUUUGCACUACAUUUCUGUUUACCCUUAUGAUGAUAUCAUUUACUCAGAGAAAGAAUGCUCAACGUGUAAAAUUCCAAAACCAGCUAGAUCCAAGCAUUGCAGCAUCUGCAACUGUUGUGUGGCUCGGUUUGAUCAUCAUUGUGGGUGGAUGAAUAACUGUAUCGGCGUAAAGAAUACCAGAUAUUUCAUGGCCUUUCUUUUAUGGCAUUUCCUUCUCUGCCUGUACGGAACAAUAGCCAUUGGGUUUAUUCUUGCGGGGAGAGUAAAAGAACAUCGCCUUGUUCAUGUUUUAACCAUGUAUUACGGGAUAGAGAACUCUUUCUGCAACUUAGCUCCUCGUGUUUUACAGUGGCUAGUUGGUACAUACAAUACACAAAUACUAUUAAUGGUGUUUCUUUCCCUUAUUUCCCUUCUCCUUGCUGGGUUCUUCACCUACCACGUCAAUCUCUGCUUAACCAACACAACAACUAAUGAGAAGUUCAAGUGGACGGAGUACACAAGUUUGCAGAAGAAGAUAAGCGAAGCAAAGGCAAGUGCUGCAGCUCUCAAGGCAGGGAUGACCGCAGAGCUGGAACGUCCAGCAGAGAGCAUUGCCAAUCGAAAUCUGUAA